AGAAUAUCGAGGAAACCGGUCCACAGAACAGAUCCCAGAAGACCAAACAACUUUAACCAGAAAUGAUUCUCAGGGAAGAGCUCCACAUCAUUGCAGACAGGGUCAGCAGAACAGGAGUCCAGAUGAAACCCAUGGAAACAUGAAGAACCACGGUCUGCUACCCAGCGAGCUCACGAGACCCCGCAGUAACCGGCCAAAAUGUAAAGAUCACAAGAGACUAAAUACACACAAACUAGUCUUACAGUACAUAGUCCCGUGCAUGAACUCUUACGGUUUGUGUAUCGUAGAUAAUUUUCUGGGAGACAGAAUUGGCGAGCGCGUGCUGCAAGAGGUGAGACGCAUUCAUCAGAGUGGUACUAUGCAAGAUGGACAGUUAGUGAGCCAAAAACUGGGCAAAAGCAAAGCCAUUCGAGGGGAUAAGAUCGCAUGGGUCGAUGGCACUGAAAGUUGCUGUCAAAACAUUGGCUUUCUCUUGACCAGAAUGGACAAAGUCAUCACGCACGCGGACGGAAAACUAGAGAAGUUCAAAAUCAGAGGGAGGCAUAAGGCCAUGGUUGCUUGUUAUCCAGGAAAUGGAGCUGGAUACGUGAAACAUGUAGAUAACCCUAAUGCAGACGGUCGCUGUGUCACCUGUAUUUACUAUCUGAACAAAAACUGGAAUGCCAAGGAGCAUGGGGGAAUACUAAGGAUCUUUCCCGAAGGGAAAUCUUACGUGGCCGACGUUGAACCCUUGUUUGAUCGACUUCUGCUUUUCUGGUCAGAUCGAAGGAACCCUCAUGAAGUGCAACCAUCAUACGCUACAAGGUAUGCAAUCACUGUGUGGUACUUUGACUCGGAGGAAAGAGCUGAAGCAAAAAGGAAAUUCAGAGACCUGACAGCCACAUCUCAAGAAGGUUCCUCAUCGUAACAUGCAGAUACACUGGCCUUUCUCCUCCUGAGUUUUUUUCUUUUUUUUUUUUUGUCUUUAUGUUUUGCUUUACUGUAUUGCUUUUUGCACCAGAGGUACCUAUCCCCCCACUUACAGUUGAAAUCAUAAGUUUACAUACACUUAGGUUGAAGUCAUUAAAACAGAUUUUUUUUUAACCACUCCAGAUUUCAUAUUGGCAAACUAUAGUUUUGGCAAGUCAUUUAGGACAUCUACUUUGUGCAUGACCCAAGUAAUUUUUCCAAUGAUUGUUUCACUUUUAAUUGACUAUUAAUCUUACUUUUUGGAGAAGUUUUCCUCUGGUCUAAUGAAACAAAUUGAACUUUUUGGCCAUAAUGACCAUCGUUAUGUUUGGAGGAUAAAGGGUGAGUCUUUCAAACCGAAGAACACCAUCCCAACUGUGAAGCAUGGGGGUGGCAGCAUCAUGUUGUGGGGGUGCUUUGCUGCAGGAGGGACUGGUGCACUUCACAAAAUAGAUGGCAUCAUGAGGAAGGAAAAUUGUGUGUAUAUAUUGAAGCAACAUCUCAAGACAUCAGCCAUGAAGUUAAAGCUCAGUCACAAAUGGGUCUUCCAAAUGGACAAUGACCACAAACAUACCUCCAAAGUUGUGGCAAAAUGGCUUGAGGACAACAAAGUCAAGGUAUUGGAGUGGCCAUCACAAACCCUGACUUCAAUCCGAUAGAACAUUUGUGGGCAGAACUGAAAGCGUGUGCGAGCAAGGAGGCCUACUAACCUGACUCAGUUACACCAGUUCUGUCUGGAGGAAUGGGCCAAAAUUCCAGCAGCUUACUGUGAGAAGCUUGUGGAAGGCUACACAAAACAUUUGACCAAAGUUAAACAAUUUAAAGGCAAUGCUACCACAUACUAACAAAGUGUAUGUAAACUUCUGACAAACUGGGAAUGUGAUGAAAGAUAUAAAAGAUGAAAUAAAUAAUUCUCUCUACUAUUAUUUUGACAUUUCACAUUCUUAAAAUAAAGUAGUGAUCCUAACUGACCUAAGACAGGGAAUGAUUGCUACGAUUAAAUGUCAGGACUUGUGAAAACCUGAGUUUAACUGUAUUUGGCUAAGGUGUAUGUAAACUUCUGACUUCAACUGUAUAUUAUGUAUUUGUGAUUUACUUGGUUUGAAUCCAGUCCUCAAAAUCAGAGAAGAGUCCUUUUACAAACAUGCUGCUAAUAUCAAGACAAUUCUGUGAACAAUGUGAGAACCUUAAUACUAAUUAAUGGACUAUUAUUUUAAUUGUUCAUUGUCUUUUUUUUUUUUUUUUAAAUGGUUGCUUUUAAAAAAACACUUUCAGAGUUGUAUGGCUUUCAACAGAUGUUUAUAAAAGAAAACUAUAAAACUAGAUGACCUUUAUAAAAAUAUAAUACUAGUAUAUUUUUCAUCUUAAAAGUAUGCAUUAUAAGCAUUAUAAUUUUUUUUUUUUGUUAUUUGCUGUUUUUGUGGUUUUGGUCAUUGACACAUAGGAAAUAAUUUGUAUUAUUCUUUACACCGUGAAUGUUAACUUUAACUGCUACAGAAAGAAAACAAGAAUUUUUAAUUGCUUUCAUUGUCAUUUGACUUGAACAUGUAAAUAUAUAUUUACAAAUAGAUGCUUCAUUAUUUUUGAAUGACAGUUUGAUGUUGAACUAGAGAUGCUUAUAGAAGUUAUUCUGUACUGUGUUCACAAUGGAGCGUUGUUUUUAAAAGCAUAACACAAGCACUUAUGGUAAUGAUAUUGCUUCGAUUGUUUGGUCCAAGUGUGUAAUGAGCGUAGAAUUUAUCAGCUUGCAUGCGGGUCAGCAAUGCUGCUCAACCACACCCUUGGAUAAGUAUUUAUGUCAGUGAAUGUUAUUUGACAGUUGUUCAUCCCAUUUAAAGCAUUCAAUACAAUUUGAGCAAAGUAGAAAAAAAAUCUUUGCUGUUGCUUUAUGUAACAACAGUCUUGGAAAUGUAUUUUGUAAUGUGUGAAGUUUGGCUGAUGUACUGUACACCAACUGAGUUGUGCAACUAUUUGACAAGGCCACAUUAAACUCUUAAAGUGUUGAAAUGUUUUCAAUAAUUGCCUAAUUGUUUAUACUUAACUUUUUCAGUAAUAAAGUAUUUACUCUGGCGAAAACAUAA